GGAGGAGCCGGGUGGGGCGUGUCACGCGAAGGAGCGCCGGGCGCCCGGUGCGGCCCCCUAGGAAGUGGAUUUGGCCGCUCCGGAUCCAACCCGGCUUCCAGGUUUUCUCCCGGCCCGGCCCAGCGUGCUCCCGCCUGUCUCUGGCCCCCCCCCGACGCCCGCCCCCUCCCCCCCAGUGCCGCCCGCUUGGCCAAGUUUGCGGAGCGUCGCCGCGCACGCCGGCCAGUCAAUCAGCAGCAGAGCUGAGAAGGGCACAGCCGCGCGGCGGAGGGCAGAGUCAGCCGAGCCGAGUCCAGCCGGACGAGCGGACCAGCGCAGGGCAGCCCAAGCAGCGCGCAGCGAAACGCCCGCCGCCGCCCACACCCUCUGCGGUCCCCGCGGCGCCUGCCACCCUUCCCUCCUUCCCCGCGUCCCCGCCUCGCCGGCCAGUCAGCUUGCCGGGUUCGCUGCCCCGCGGAACCCCGAGGUCACCGGCCCGCGCCUCUGCUUGCCUGGGCCGCGCGCCGCCUCCACGCCCUCCUCCUUCUCCCCUGGCCCGGAGCCUGGCACUGGGGACCGUUGCCUGACGCGAGGCCCAGGUCUACUUUUCGCCCCGCGUCUCCUCCGCCUGCUCGCCUCUUCCACCAACUCCAACUCCUUCUCCCUCCAGCUCCACUCGCUAGUCCCCGACUCCGCCAGCCCUCGGCCCGCUGCCGUAGCGCCGCUUCCCGUCCGGUCCCAAAGGUGGGAACGCGUCCGCCUCGGCCCGCACCAUGGCACGGUUCGGCUUGCCCGCGCUUCUCUGCACCCUGGCAGUGCUCAGCGCCGCGCUGCUGGCUGCCGAGCUCAAGUCGAAAAGUUGCUCGGAAGUGCGACGUCUUUACGUGUCCAAAGGCUUCAACAAGAACGAUGCCCCCCUCCACGAGAUCAACGGUGAUCAUUUGAAGAUCUGUCCCCAGGGUUCUACCUGCUGCUCUCAAGAGAUGGAGGAGAAGUACAGCCUGCAAAGUAAAGAUGAUUUCAAAAGUGUGGUCAGCGAACAGUGCAAUCAUUUGCAAGCUGUCUUUGCUUCACGUUACAAGAAGUUUGAUGAAUUCUUCAAAGAACUACUUGAAAAUGCAGAGAAAUCCCUGAAUGAUAUGUUUGUGAAGACAUAUGGCCAUUUAUACAUGCAAAAUUCUGAGCUAUUUAAAGAUCUCUUCGUAGAGUUGAAACGUUACUACGUGGUAGGAAAUGUGAACCUGGAAGAAAUGCUAAAUGACUUCUGGGCUCGCCUCCUGGAGCGGAUGUUCCGCCUGGUGAACUCCCAGUACCACUUUACAGAUGAGUAUCUGGAAUGUGUGAGCAAGUAUACGGAGCAGCUGAAGCCCUUCGGAGAUGUCCCUCGCAAAUUGAAGCUCCAGGUUACUCGUGCCUUUGUAGCAGCCCGUACUUUUGCUCAAGGCUUAGCGGUUGCGGGAGAUGUCGUGAGCAAGGUCUCCGUGGUAAACCCCACAGCCCAGUGUACCCAUGCCCUGUUGAAGAUGAUCUACUGCUCCCACUGCCGGGGUCUCGUGACUGUGAAGCCAUGUUACAACUACUGCUCAAACAUCAUGAGAGGCUGUUUGGCCAACCAAGGGGAUCUUGAUUUUGAAUGGAACAAUUUCAUAGAUGCUAUGCUGAUGGUGGCAGAGAGGCUAGAGGGUCCUUUCAACAUUGAAUCGGUCAUGGAUCCCAUCGAUGUGAAGAUUUCUGAUGCUAUUAUGAACAUGCAGGAUAAUAGUGUUCAAGUGUCUCAGAAGGUUUUCCAGGGAUGUGGACCCCCCAAGCCCCUCCCAGCUGGACGAAUUUCUCGUUCCAUCUCUGAAAGUGCCUUCAGUGCUCGCUUCAGACCACAUCACCCCGAGGAACGCCCAACCACAGCAGCUGGCACUAGUUUGGACCGACUGGUUACUGAUGUCAAGGAGAAACUGAAACAGGCCAAGAAAUUCUGGUCCUCCCUUCCGAGCAACGUUUGCAACGAUGAGAGGAUGGCUGCAGGAAAUGGCAAUGAGGAUGACUGCUGGAAUGGGAAAGGCAAAAGCAGGUACCUGUUUGCAGUGACAGGAAAUGGAUUAGCCAACCAGGGCAACAACCCAGAGGUCCAGGUUGACACUAGCAAACCAGACAUACUGAUCCUUCGUCAAAUCAUGGCUCUUCGAGUGAUGACCAGCAAGAUGAAGAAUGCAUACAAUGGGAAUGACGUGGACUUCUUUGAUAUCAGUGAUGAAAGUAGUGGAGAAGGAAGUGGAAGUGGCUGUGAGUAUCAGCAGUGCCCUUCAGAGUUUGACUACAAUGCCACUGACCAUGCUGGGAAGAGUGCCAAUGAGAAAGCCGACAGUGCUGGUGUCCGUCCUGGGGCACAGGCCUACCUCCUCACUGUCUUCUGCAUCUUGUUCCUGGUUAUGCAGACAGAGUGGAGAUAAUUCUCAAACUCUGAGAAAAAAAAAAAGUUAAAAGGCACCAGUUAUCACUUUUCUACCAUCCUAGUGACUUUGCUUUUUAAAUGAAUGGACAACAAUGUAUAGUUUUUACUAUGUGGCCACUGGUUUAAGAAAUGCUGACUUUGUUUUUUCCUUCAGUUUUGGGAGGAAAAGGGACUGUGCAUUGAGUUGGUUCCUGCUCCCCCAAACCGUGUUAAACGUGGCUAACAGUGUAGGUACAGAACUAUAGUUAGUUGUGCAUUUGUGAUUUUAUCAGUCUAUUAUUUGUUUGUAUGUUUUUUUCUCAUUUCGUUUGUGGGUUUUUUUUCCAACUAUGAUCUCGCCUUGUUUCUUACAAGCAAACCAGGGUCCCUUCUUGGCAUGUAACAUGUACGUAUUUCUGAAAUAUUAAAUAGCUGUACAGAAGCAGGUUUUAUUUAUCAUGUUACCUUAUUAAAAGAAAAAGCCCAAAAAGCAGUAAAAUUUCCAUUUCUCCCUGUUAUUUUAGUUGCCUUAUCUGGAGAGACGUGGAGGUUAUUUUCUUUUUUUUUAAUUAUUAUUAAGUGAGGACAGAAUGUGAGGGCACAAGCAGGCUUCUGAGCCACUUGUCAGAUUGUAUUCAAAGCAUCAAUCCGAGAAGAAGGUUAUACAUACUUCAUUUAUUGGUGAUAAUUGGAAGAGACUGCAGACUACUGCUUUGAAUGAGUUGAAUUACAUAAGCUAAGAUCACUCUAGGUCCAUUUCUUGAACCCACUUAUACAUAAAAUGUAACCCAUUUAGAAAAAGAUUCUGGAUAUCAUCCCCCUUGAAAGAUAGAAGGCAUUCAGGAUGUCCCAGUUAUCACAUGUUCACACUUGGGUUUGGGGGUGUUUUUUUAAAACCAGGCAGGUUAGCUAGCCCACCCUGUGCUAGUUUUCAUUUUCACACUGACCCUAUUGGAAUUAAUAACCUAAUGGCAGCAAUAAGUGACCAACAAUCUCAUUUAAUCCCCUUUGUUAGAGUGAUUGAGAUUUCAAACCCAACUAUGUACAGGGAGCUGUCUGAGAGCUAGCCAGAACUGGGGUACAGCCUGGGCUCAGGGAAUAGCUGUCAACACUCGGGCAAAGUUUUUGUCUGUGCAUGUGUAUCUCCAUUUGUUUUGGGAUCCCAGUUUUUGUUUUAAGAGAGUGUGGCCGGGCGCGGUGGCUCACGCUUGUAAUCCCAGCACUUUGGGAGGCCGAGGCGGGCGGAUCACGAGGUCAGGAGAUCGAGACCACGGUGAAACCCCGUCUCUACUAAAACUACAAAAAAUUAGCCGGGCGUGGUGGCGGGCGCCUGUAGUCCCAGCUACUCGGAGAGGCUGAGACGGGAGAAUGGCGUGAACCCGGGAGGCGGAGCUUGCAGUGAGCCGAGACUGCGCCACUGCACUCCAGCCUGGGCGACAGAGCGAGACUCCGUCUCAAAAAAAAAAAAAAAAAAAAAAAAAAAGAGAGUGUAAGGUGUCUCAUUUGAGUCUUUUUCUUACCCAGCCCCCUCUUAUCAGUAAAACAAAGGACUUGCCAUGGUUCACAGCAAUGUGCUAUGAUCCAAGAUAUCAGCCAAGGAGCCCAUUUAGGGGAGAACUAGGUGUCCAGAUUUUUGUACGUGUUGUUUUUCUUGAGGGUUGGGGUGGGGUGGGAGUAGGUAGAGCUGAGAAUACUACAUCUUAGUGGUGACCUUUAGCCACGUGGGUGAAGUGGCAAAGGCCAUGGCCAUAUCUGUUGUCCCGGGCCAAAGACUAACAACUGCCUUGGGAAUCCCUUCCUUGUGUCCUUACCAAAUGAUAGCUCAUAAAACUCUGAUAAUGUAACAAAUCACUUUCAAAGGAGUUCCCAGAAGUCUUCAGAAAGACUAAAAUUCUGUCUCUGCCUGCUUUAGACAGCCAUUAAGUUCCCGACUAAUUUUACCGAACUUAAAACCCACAAAGAGGUUGUUUGUGUUAUUGUUCAAUCUUCAGUUGUAAGAGUAAUUCUCUAUUUUUAUAUUGAAACAUAAUUACUUGAUAGCUCAGGGUCUACAUUUCAUUCAACUUUUUACACCAAAUUCUGCAGAGUGGUCAAAAUGGAAUAUUGGGGGCUGUUGUAAACAGAGGCUUAAUUUUAUUAGAAGUAGCCAGUUAUUUAUUAAAGCAUGAUGUUAAUAAAAUAGGCAUAUUCUGG